AUGCCGAUGAGUGCUUCCACGACACCCACACAAUCUCCUUUACCAUCUUCCACCCUUCCCACUUCUGUUGUUAGCCGUUUCUUCUCACCCAUUUCAGCUAUCAUCCAUUUCUCUUCGGAUUACAUCAGUCGUGGCUGCUCCCGUUUGCAUCUUCUGAGCUGUAUCAAUGCCGCGCCAAGCAAGACUUCUGGUGGUGACUUUGCGCCAAGUGAAGUGACGAGCGUAUUUUGUAAAUCAGUCGGUAUCCCUGUUAUUGUGGCCAUGACUGGUUGUUUUCUAUUGCUUUGCGCUCUAUGUGCUCCUAGGGGUGGAAAGAAAGACUCUCACGUGUUACUGGGUAAACAACCCUCGACAUCCAAUUCCGAUGGCGGUUCGAAUGAUGAUAUGGACGUUUCUGUGAAGGAAAAGGAUAAGGCGCUCGAUGUGUAUGGUCGCUCGGUUAGUUCUCGGAGCGCCCACCUUAAACGCAAUGGUGUGCACGAUACUGAUCCAGGGCUGCUUAAAAAGCACUCCGCGAAUAUCUCCUACACCACCCCAAUCGCAACGUACCCUUCCAUCAGGACUUUCCUCUACCCUCACCCCCAUAUCGAAGAGCUCCCCACUGAACCAUCGCCUUUACCGCUCUUGGUAUUUAUUCAUGGGCUUGGGGGCUCCCUUACCCAAUUCCAUCCUCUCCUAACAAGCUUGGUCAAUGUUGCUCCCUGUUUUGGCAUCGAUCUUCCAGGUUGCGGGCUGUCUUCGUUUUCGCCAAAGUCCUGGGCGGCAUACUCAGUCGAAGCACUUGCAACUUUGCUCGCUGUGGCAAUUGACCAGUACCGCGACAAGGAAAGAGGCCAAAAGAUUGUCCUCAUCGCGCAUAGUUUGGGAUGUUCGCUUUCGGCGUUGAUUGCGUCAUCGGAAUCUCCUCUCAUGUUGUCCCUGCAGGAGCACAUCAUUGGAUUGAUUGCAGUUUGCCCACCCGCUGGCCAUCCUCUGGAGAAAACGACUGAAAGCUUCCGCAGGCUUCUCUAUAUUCCAAACCCGAUUUUCGACCUUUUUAGACGAUGGGACAGACGAGGCGGACCUAAUAGCCCCAGCGUUAUGAGCUUCGGUUCAACCAGCAGAAUAACGAAACCGGAGGAGGUUACCAAAAUUCUCGAGUAUUUCAACCGUGAUCAUGGUACCCUACCAAUUUUUCCUGAAAGCCAGCCAGCAAGAGGGGGUGUUGGAGACGAAAAUACCCCCCCUGAUGCGCGGCCUUCGCUGAAAGGAAGAGUUGGAAGGAAUCUUACCAACACCGUUAGUCCAUCUGGUUUAUCGAAGCCGGAGAAUACAACGAGUGGCGGGAAAAAAGGUAUAAAGGCAUAUAUAUUUCCAGCACCUGCCUCCCAUGCUCUACUCUACGACCGGCAUACUUGUCGCACACUCUCGGGGUUGAUCCAAGACUUUUUCCCUAAAUAUAUUGACCCUCGUCUGAGUUUGGGAUGGCAGCUUCAACAUCUAACCACUUCAAAGAAAUGGGACGUCAAGAACCUGGAGAAAUGGAAAGCAAUCGAUUCCGUUUCAGAUGUUAUGGGCGAUACUUUUGUCGCGAUGAAGACCCUGCGUGAGGUUGAUGAGAUACACACACCAAUACCCUUUGCGCAAAAGUGGAAAGGAAGAAUUUAUGCAGUCAUUGAUAUUAGUCACGAAAGCCCGGUUUACGAUCCCACCCAGCUUGAGAAAAGUGGGAUCCAGUAUCACAAACUUCCAACGGUGUCCAAGAUACCUCCGACUAUUGAUGAGGUCCGUGACUUUGUGUCUCUGGUCGUUCGCCUGGAGGAAGAAAUAUCGGCUAUAUCCAAUGCCCUUCCGGAUGGGGCUCUGCGGCCAGUACUUGGAGUUCACUGUCACUACGGAUUUAACAGGACCGGUUUUUUUGUCGUUUCAUAUCUUAUCGAGAAAAAGGGAUUCUCCGUUCAGGGCGCAAUAGACGAAUUCGAAAGAUGCCGACCUCCGGGAAUCAAACACGAGCAUUUUAUCGAUACCCUUUUUGUACGGUAUUGCGUUGGCCUUCAGAGAGCUUCGACCUUAUAA